GUUGCUAUGAUACUAGACCCUCAAACCACUCUUAAGGCAUUCCAAUUUUAUUUUAUUUGGUAUGCUUUUACAAUCAGUGCAUGAGGGGAAUCUCUGUCCUUUUGCCUCUUGUUUUAGUGUUGGAAAAGACUCUGUUUGACUUGUUGCCACUGCUUUUAGAAACAAGAAUCCAUUGAAUGGUUAAGAACUCCAUAAAAGUCGUGUGACAGAAUGGAGGGAAUUUUAUUUCAAAUAAGAAGGGUCGUGCUUUUUUUUUCAGUGCUUCCCUGUAUGUGUGUCUUUUUUAUAUGUGUGGCUUUCUGUAAUUAGUUAUUUAGGUUCAUGUUAGAAUGUCGUCGUCAUCACUGUCUUCUUCAUCCGUUGGCAAACGUACUGCGGCAAAGCCCUUGUGCUUCUGUGACGUUGAAGCUAAUUUGAGAUACUCAAAUACUAAGGCAAAUCCUGGACGACCCUUCUUAGGGUGUUCAAAGUACAACACGAAGGGAUUACCACACUGUAAUUAUUUCAAGUGGGUAGAUAGUGAGCAAGACAUAAAGCUAGAAGAAAGAAAAAAUUUAGUGUCAAGGAAAACCGAGGAAGAGCUCCAAAAGAGACUCAGCGAUAUCGAAAAUAAAGUAACUGAGCUCCUUAAGAUAGUGGAUGACAUCAAGAAGAUAGAGUUGGUGCUAUAUAGUAUAUCGGAGGAGAUCCGGAAAAAGGAGUCGGUGCUUCUUGAGAGAGAAGCUGCCCUAAGGCGUUCACGCAUGUUAUCCCGUCUGUACUUUGGUGUUUUUGUAAUUAUUUUUUGCUAUUUAUACCUUUGGUAGUGGUUUAUGUUACAUUUAAAUAUUCGGAAGUUGUAGGUUAAGUGU